CCCCAGCCGUCAUCUCCCAUACUCACUGGUCCAGUCCACGAGGAUUUAAAUAGCACUGAUGCCGAAUUCACUGAUGCGAGCGAGCGUUACUUUCGUACGUAUCAUUCAGUGUUAAACGGACGACCAUGCGCAGCUGAUGGAACAUUUCUGCCGCAUGGCACUCCCCCAACUCCCGCACCAUUGAAGGCUCCUGAUGAUUGGAGUCCCUAUCGCAACAGAAUAGAAUUCGAGCUAGCAGAGUUCGCAUUCAAA